AUGCAUCCAACGCAGGAGAAGCUUAUCGCCCGGGCCCGCGAUUUUUUCGCAGAGGUGAAGAACCUGACACCGGGGAAAGAGCUUGAAGAAAGGUUGAAUAAGUCCUGGGGACCGGGCACCCCAAUCUAUGAGGAUCUCUGUGCCUACAUCCGUGAAGGAUUCGAGCAAAACCAGGGCUGGGUUGCGACAGAUGAGCUGGAUGGGGCAAGAUACCGGCGAAGCAUAAUCUGUAAGCCGUGUCCUGAGAACCUAUAUUAUAGCAUCACGACGGUGUAUAUGGAGAGCGAUGAAGUAUUUGCAGGGCAAUAUCAUCAACAUCCCUAUGGAGAGAUCAACUGUGUUGUCCAGCUCGACCAGACUGCCGAACUCAAGGGUAUGAAUGGCUGGCAGGGUGCUGGAUGGACGUCUCCGGGACCAGGCACGCAUCAUUAUCCAGAAGUCCGCGGAGGUCGUCUGGUUGCCUUAUUCUUUUUACCGGCGGGCCGGAUUUCCUAUGAAGCCACGCCUGACAUGCCACAACCGAUAGCAAUUUGA